GCCUUGGCCUGUCAUAUUCUAUGCUGCUUUGCAGCUGAGUUAAAGGGACGGCUGCAUUUAUGGGUUAAUGAGGUUGUUAGUGCUUUAGUUCCGGUAAAUUCAGCGUAGAAGUAAGAAUGACUGCCAUUUCCGCUAUGCCGUUACUGUUAAAUUCAGCUUCUUUUGUGCAAUGAAGAAAGGGCUGCUUCCUGUAACAGGUUAUGGCAAGUCCCCAGUUCAAAAGCUAUCUAACACUAAUCAUCCCAACUUUGCUUGAUGCGUUAAAGAAGGAGUCAAAGGUACAUGUUCAAGCAAGACUAUUGGAGGCAUUCAACGAAAGCAUUCAGAUUCCGGGUUCACGUCUAAGUAAACAUCAAGCUGAAAAUUUUGUUGAAGGCAUAUCAAGGGUUCUCUUAACUUGCUCAUACCGCAAGACAGAAAGAGAGAAAAGAUCUAAAGAACACACAGAUUCAAGGGAGCAGGAGCUACUUAAGGAGGAAGCUCAACAACACGUAAUUAUAUGUAGAAAUAUUGGCAUUUGCCUUGGAACUAUGGUGAAAAAACUCAAGGCAUCAUUCUUGCCCCUUUUAGACAAGUUUUUGCCUUAUGUAUCACUUCUUUAUGAUGUUUUAUACAGUAAUGAUAGAACAGCAGAAGAAAGAAGAAUUGUAGUGCACCUUUUCUGUGAUGUUGCUGAGCAGUGUCGCGAAGAAGCAUUCAGGCAAGACUGGAUACCUCUCCUGCUUAAAGUUUACUAUCACAAGGAUCCAGAUAUUCCACAGAUUGUGGCAAUUGCAAUUGGUAUUUGUGCUGAAUUCGGAUCAGAUUUCCUUAAACCUCAUACUGAAGGAAUAUUCGGUUGUUUGAAAACUGCAUUGGAGCAUAGUUUCCUAAGGAAAGUAACUGGUGUGCCAACAAGAUUUAAGCUUAAAGAGCUCGAAGAAGCAACCGAUAACUUUGGAUUGUUGGUAGGACGUGGAUCAUCAGCUUGUGUUUUCAAAGGUGUGCUUAGUGAUGGUGCAUCAGUAGCUGUGAAAAGGAUAAAUGGAGAGGAGCGUGGCGAUAAGGAAUUCAAAUCAGAAGUUGCAGCUAUUGCUAGUGUUCAACAUGUUAAUCUUGUACGUUUAUAUUGUAGUGUUCCUCCAUCAGGACCUCGAUUUUUGGUUUACGAGUAUAUAGUUAAUGGAUCACUUGAUAAUUGGAUUUUUCGAAAAAGGGGAAUUCGAGGAUGUUUGUCCUUGGAUUUGAGGUGUAGAGUUGGUCUAGAUGUGGCUAAGGCACUUUCUUAUUUGCAUCAUGAUUGUAGAUCGUGUAUUUUACAUCUCGAUGUCAAGCCUGAGAAUAUACUUCUAGACGAGAAUCAUCGUGCUAUUCUAGUUGAUUUCGGGUUGUCUAAGUUGAUGGGGAAAGAUGAGAGUAGAGUUGUUACAACGAUUAGGGGUACUCGGGGGUAUUUAGCACCCGAGUGGCUCCUGGAGAACGGGAUUUCUGAGAAAAGUGAUGUUUAUAGCUACGGAAUGGUGCUAUUGGAGAUGAUUGGAGGGAGGAGAAAUAUUACUUUAGCUGAAAAUGGAAAGAGUAUCAAUUCAAAGAGUAAGUUCAGCUACUUUCCUAAGAUUGUGAGUGAGAAAUUGGAGCAGGGGAAGGUCAUGGAAGUCGUGGAUGAGAGGCUCGUCCACGAGGCAGCUACAGGAGGUGUAGCUGUAGAAAUGCAAGUGAAAAGAUUGGUGUGUGUGGCGUUGUCUUGCAUCCAAGAACGGCCUAGUCUUAGGUCAACAAUGGCACGAGUCGUGGAAAUGCUGGAAGGUCGUGGGCCAGUAGAAGCGCCUAGACAAACGACAAUGUUGAUCCUCGAUCUAUUAGACGAGGGUGUGGAUCAUCAUCCUGGGAUACCUAGCGUUGCUGCAGCCAUGUCAAGAUCUGAUACUAAUUCGCUUCGCUCUUAUACAAUGUCUAUCCUCUCAGGGAGGUAG